GUCUUGCUCUUCACCAUCACAGUGCUUUUCUUUUCGGUUUCGGAAAAUCGAGGAAAAUACACAAAUAUUGCUAAAAAUAAAAGGAAGGGUAUUUCGAGAUCUACAGAUAGAAUUUGCGAUGGCACUAAACAAUUACAUGCACCCGCGUAAUAUUUAUAAAACUCCUCCUGAUUUCGCUGACCUAGCAAAAAGGUUUCCUGCAUUUUCAAGUAUUUCUAAAAUGGAUAUUACAGGGAAAGUAACCAUAGACUUUAAAGAUCCACACAGUUUAAGAAUCUUAACAAAAUGUUUGUUAAAAAGUGACUUUGGUCUUGAUAUAGAAAUACCUGAAGAUAGGUUAGUACCCACACUUCCUUUGAGACUUAAUUAUAUCCUUUGGAUUGAAGACUUACUACUUGCUAUUGGAAAAAAAGAAAAUGUGUGGGGUAUCGAUAUAGGUACUGGGGCUUGUGCCAUUUAUCCCGUGUUGGCAGCUACUAAGAACAAAUGGAAUAUGAUUGGUACAGAAACAGAUGCAGAGAGUUUUAAAAAAGCACAAGAGAACAUUGACAAAAAUAACCUCUCCAAUUUCAUAAAAUUGAGCAAGAACACUACAUCUAGUGUGGUUCAGUAUUUAUUAGACAUUGAAACGGACCAAAGAUUCGACUUCUGCAUGUGUAACCCACCAUUUUAUAGUAGUAUCCAAGAAUUGUGUGAAUCACGUAACCCAAGCAGACAACCACCAAAGAAUGGGUUCACAGGAUCUCCUCAAGAACUAGUCACAGAAGGUGGAGAGCUCGAAUUUUGCAGAAAAUUAAUUGAAGAGAGUAAAAUCUAUAAGGACAGAAUAUUGUUUUUUACAACUAUGAUUGGCCACAAAUAUAAUUUAAAAGAGCUAUUACAUGAUCUUACAAGUGAAGGUAUCAAGUACACACAUACAGAGUUUUGCCAAGGACGUGUCACCCGUUGGGGCUUGGCUUGGACUUACCAGGAAUAUGAUAUUGAGAAAUUGGUUCCAUCCAAAGAUAAAAUCAGGAAAAAAAGUAAACCAAUAGCCUAUCAACUAACGGAACUGCCAAGCAGACCUUAUGAUGUAGACACAUGCACUGAAAAAAUUAUGGAAAUUUUAACAGGACUCCAGAUAAAACACAAAUUACUUAGCAAGAGAGGUAAAAGUGUGUGCAUGCAAAUGACAGCUUUCAAUAACACGUGGUCUCAUCAAAGGCGUAAAAGAAGACUUCAAAAACAACAAGAACAAGAAUCCAAAAAGAUGAGAUUAUGUAGCUCAAAUGAAGCAUCACACAGUGAACCAACUGAAACACAAAAGGAAAAUGCAAAUAGUGAUGAUAAAGUUAAUGAAAAUAACAAUAAACAAAGUAAAUCACUAUUGCUGUUAUGUGAAAACGGGAAAGACACUUCAAUUCAAGAACCAAUUUUGCAAGCAUUUUUGAAAAUCUUUAAAAAGGAGAAUGCUGUUCUAUUUGAAAUGGAGUACAUAAGUGGCAACGCCGGCAAAGAAGGAAUCCAUCAAAUAGUUCAAUAUAUAAAGAAUAAUUGGAAAUAAUUAA